AUUAAAAAAAAGAUAUAUUGUUAUAAGAGGCGUAUGUCUGUUCCAAUCUCGAGUCCAGUAGCAGCUGUCUAUCGUGAACCCGCAUGUUGAUACGAUCAUCCCAUACAUGACCCCAUGGCUGCGUUCAUUUGCAUGAUACUCUGGUGUAUAUUCACAGUUACCAUGGCAACGCUUCCCACAAUCCACCCCAGGAGUGCAGGCUCGUUCGAUGCACUCGCAUACCAAUACUUAACCACACUUUCUGACGUUUCAAACGGCGGACUGGGAUCAAGAGUCACAAAUACAAAAGACGAGAAGAUUGCAGCCGAGUACAUAUCUUCAAAGCUUUCAGAUAUAGGCUAUGAAG